UGUGAGCUUUUCAUUCUGUGUCAGAAAAGCGUUGAAGGAGGUCUAGUGGUGUAGUCAGAUCACGUAGAAAUGGCGUUGUGAAGUGCAUUUUUUUUAUUGAGCCCUGAUUAGAUUGUUGGGACUGACAAAAUUGUGCUAUUGCAUUCUUCUUGUAUUCGCAAAAAUGAAAGAUUCCAACAACCUGACAUUGCUUUCGUCUUCCAGCAGUGGUUCCGUUAGCAAAAAGGAACGGCGUGUGGAACGGAAAAAGCGAAAAAUCCUCGCCUUGGCCGAGGUAAUGCAGUUGAAUGAACAAGACAGGGCUGGUUGCGCUCAACGUGAAUUGACAGCUGUUAGAGAUGUAGGCAGUUUCGCUUCAGAAGCGAUAGCGGAUGGUUCUCACGAUAAGCAAGAGUCGCCGGAUCAGAAAAAGGCCAAAUUGGCAGACGCGGAUUACCGGACUUUGAAGGCGGAAGUGAAUCAGAAACGCGACAGGAUGCGGAACAUUCCAAAACUGCGCCUGAAGGAUGUGGGCGAAGAAGCUCUGAUGAAAACAAAACCGGAAGAACGAGUCCCUUUGCUGUUGGAUGAUAUUCAGGCGCUGUUGAUGUAUACUUUGCUGCGGACUGAUUCUCCUUCGAAUCCCAACCGGUGGGCAGCGAUGGAAAAAUCUGCUAAAUUGACCCACACAACCGUACUGUUAAUUGAGGGUCUCACAUCGGAUGAUUUCACCGAGUUCGAGGCCGAUUUCAAAGAGUGUAAAAAGAUAUUCCACAACAUUCUGCAGGUAGUGACACCUAGCGAUCGGCUUGUCGAGGAAUUAGCGUGCGUCCCGUUAAGUGACUCACACAAAGACAUCUUGUUGGCCGAGUACGGAUCCCUGGAGGCCGCCAUGUUGGCCUGCAAGGACAAUCUUCUCAUAAAGAAAAGCAUUUUCAACAACAUCGGAUUGGAAUCGGAAGACGGCGAAGACGAGUACGAUGACGCGGAACUGCUACCGGGGGACAAAUUUCCACGCACACAAUUGCUGCUGUCGCCGAUCCAAAUGAUCAACGAAGAUUAUCCACUGCCGCUGACGGGUAGUCUUAAACAUCGCUACGCGGGAUAUGUGACGACCAACGAUCACUAUGCACCUGUGUCGCCCAGAUCCCCUAUGUUUGGCCUGGACUGCGAAAUGUGCAAAACCAGUAUCGGCGCCUCGGAGCUGACCCGAGUAUCCAUCAUCGACGAACAAGGCAACGAGUUCUACGAAUCGUUGGUCCGACCAGAUAACAAGAUCGUUGACUAUUUGACACAGUUUUCCGGUAUCACUCCGGAAAUGAUGAGAAACGUUUCGAAAACGUUGAAGGAUGUCCAGAGAGAUCUGAGGAAUAAGCUUCCUCCGGAUGCGAUCCUUGUGGGUCAGUCUCUUAACUUCGACUUGAACGCACUGAAGAUGAUGCACCCCUAUGUGAUAGACACCAGCAUAUUAUUCAAUGUGACGGGUACACCGGGCACAAAAAGCAAACUAAAGAUAUUGACUCAGAAAUUUUUAAAACGUAACAUUCAGUGUUCCACAGGGGGUCACAACUCAAUCGAAGAUUGCACGGCGUCUUUGGAAUUGGUGAAGCUGAAAUUGACCAAAAACAUCUAUUACGGUGAUCAGUGGUUGCAAGAUCGACGUAACUAUUACAAAAGGGUGAGCAGCAAGGUGGGGAUCGCUACGCCGGAGGAACUUCAACGGCUAGAUGAGAAUUCUACCACGACUGAAAUCACGGGCACCCUGUUUGGUCACGCCCGAAAGAAGAACAAGAAAUCGGCCAUCGUCACGAAUGGAGAUAACUUGGACCAAUUUGGUGGAUACUUCGGGGAAGCUAUUCAGUCCAAUACGGAUGUUAAAAGGUUGCUCAGCUUUCAGAAGUUGGACAGCGAUCAGGCCGUGAUAGAGCACACGAUGGAAAAAUGCCUGAACUAUGACUUCAAUCUGAGUUGCGUCCAAUUGAGUCGGGAGGACUUAGCCACUGUGGAUGCGAAACGGGCUAAGAUAGAACAGGUCGACAAUUGGAUCCGGAAGCUGUUCACGUCAAUUUCGGUUAACGGACUGCUGGUAGUACUGUUGGCCGGAGGGGAAGUGAAUGAACGCAGCCGAAUGGCAGUCGCGAUGGUCCAAACCAGGAAGGGGUAGAGAAAAAUCGUGGAAGAACGUGUCCGUUAUUAAUUCUGUUUUGAUUAAGUUUGUUUCGUUAUCCGGAAUAAAUAUGAGCUAUAUUCUA